AUGUCUCACAAACCCUCAUUUCGUCGCCAGGGCUUCGAGAUCCUCUGCGACUCGCCUGCGCCAGACAGCCAACCCCUUCGAGGCCAUCAAGAACGAGAACCGGCUCCUGCUUCCCAGCUUGAUCCCCUCUGCCAUCUUUCUAUAUCCCAAUCUCAGAACCGCCAACUUGGUACUCACGAGCUCAACCCAGUCUCAUACAACUCACAAUGGGGCAUCACUCGAAAAAAUAGUAACAAGGACAAACGCACAGGGGGGCGUCUAAUACGGCCAUCUAUCACGCCUAGCACGUUUGAGGUGCUCAACGCUGUUGCUAAGCCCGGGUCACAAAUUCAGACUGUGCCUGCCGCUUCUACAGCUCCAGAUGAUACACACCGGAUUCUUCAGCUUCCAGUUGAUCGUUACUCGAGUCAUCCUCUGUCAAUAGCCGCUCGCAGUAUUCCACGUCUUGAACAGCAAUUAGCAAAGCAUCGUGACGGCUUGUUUGAGUGGGUUUUAGCUGUUAACCUUCCAAGUGAUUACGAGUCACAGCGUGAUAAGCGCUCUGUAGUGAAUGACUCGCAAGUCCAUAAGGCGUACUUUGGCUGCAAUCUCUUACCAGAGUCUACCCUCGGGGAAAACAAGACUCUAUCAACUAACAGAUACCUACUGCUGGUCACGCCUGUGGUGGAGACCAACGACGUGCUGGACAUCUUUCGUAGCCCAAUCGACGACUCAAAUAUGGCUCUCCCAGAAGUCCGUCCGGCUCAUAGUACGCCAAUAAAAGCGUCAGAACAUGGUUCAGUCCCUGAGACCGAUAAGAUUACUCCCAACUCUACAUCGUGUACUAGGGGAGAUAACAGUCGCGCGGAGUCGAUCGUUUCAUUAUCACCAGGGGAGCCUGUAACGAGAAUCGAGGAUUCCUUCGAAGCAUUGGACAUUCUAGAAGACCAACUCGAAGCAUUUGAUGAAGUUGCCCGCUUUAAUCAAUUUAUCCCCACGGAACAGCCUAUUACCAAUAGAAAAUCUGCCAUCAAGACUGAGUUGACAGUGCCAGUCCCAUCCGUUAGGUUUGCGACGCCUCAGGCGCAACAUACUUAUCCUAGACCAAGUUCUGCAUCACUCCGGGUGAGACCAGCUACUGAACCACGCAGGGGUGCUCUGCGCAAGGCGAUUUCUAUGAACUUGGACUCCCAUAGAUUGAAAGUUGAGGAGAAAACUCCUGGCCGUCACUCGCCAAACUUUUCGGCAGUGAGGGGGAGUACCAACUCAUCUGGGCAGAGCCUAGCCGCCAAUUCAACUAAACGGUAUACGAAUACGACCUCUGAGCUAGCAGGUGAGGCGGCGGCUCAACAGUUGAAAGAAAGGAGAGAAGCCCGUCUAGUUUCACAGCGUGCAACCCAGCCAACCGCCUCGAGCCUCCGCCGAGCCAAGUCAGCCAAAUUACCAACACGGCCCGUAUUCGAGCUACCUGGUGAAGCCAUAUCACGUCGUAAGCGUGAAGAGCACCAGGCUCAUUUGAAAACCCGAGAGGAUGAAGAAAAGAGGAGACGCGAGUUCAAAGCAAGGCCUGUACCUUCACGGGCAGUGCCAGCCGCGGUGCCCCGUGAGACUGUAACCAGCCGGGUUCGACAAAAUAAGGCAGCUUUGCCAGAAAACUCAGACCACGUACGCAUGCCCAAUAAGCGCCCACUUACAGCCCUAGAUCAUCAUUCGCGAACAGCCCUUUCCAGUACCAUUAACCAGCCGCAGUCUCGUGGUCGGGAACUACGAGCCGAGGGACGAUCCAUCCAGGAUAGUCGGGCAACUUCGACAUCUACGGGUAGUACGAGCGAGAAACGCAGCUUAUUAUCGACAGAGGAUAUGCAGAUGCAAAAACUCCGCGGUCACGAGAUAUAUCAGCGAGACAAUUCUUGGACUGGUAUUCGAAUGCGAGAGAAAUGUGAACGUGAAACACUUGCCAAAUUUGCGCGCGAAGAAGCCGCGGAAAGAUCCAGGCGGAAAAGCCGUGAGUGGGCCGCAAAACAAGCGAGGAAGCGAAUGACCGCCAGCUCUUCGCGCGAUGUGAUGGCAUGA